AUGCCUCCGAGGAUAAACAUCCCGCCCGUGACGCGCGCCCUCCUCAUAGCGCUACUAUUCCAGUCGUUCCUGAGCGCGGCUAUCCGAUACCGCCAAUGGACAGAGGACUCGCACGUCGUUAUCCCGUACCUGACGCUCGUGCCGCAGCUCUCGCUCGUGUACCCCUGGACGUUUCUGACCACGGCGCUCGUGGAAGGUAAUAUCUUCACGUUGGCGAUUUCCGGAUUGACGCUGUACCAUGGAGGGCGGUAUCUGGAACGGGCGUGGUCGUCGGCCGAUUUGGCCAAGUUUUUGGCCCUGGUGACGCUUGUUCCUAACGUGUUGACGUUUUUGGUCAUGGUGUUGUUCUUUACGCUUACUCGGAAUACAAACUGGACUCUCACCACUAUUUCUGGCGGCGUCUCCAUCCAGGUCGCCUUCCUCGUCGCAUUCAGCCAGCUCAUCCCCGCCCACACGGUCACCCUCUUCCGCGGCAUCAUCUCGCUCAAGGUGCCCCGAUUCCCGCUCCUGUACAUCGGCAUCGUGACAGUCCUGUCCCUGACGCCGCUUCUCUCGCGAGCGGCCCUGUGGCAAGCUACCUUUGGCUUGCUCACCAGCUGGACAUACCUCCGGUUCUACAAGAAGGUGUUUCCCGACCUAGACUCCUCGCAGCCUGCGUCUCUGCGCGGCGACGCCAGCGAAACGUUUGCCUUUGCCGAAUUCUUCCCCGCCCCCGUCAAGCCCCUUGUCGCUGCUGUGUCAGACCAGAUUUUCGAGGUCCUCGUCGCUAUGCGCCUCUGCACGCCAUUCUCUCAGGCAGACGUAUCUGCAAGGGGAGACCGCGCCCUGCAAAGAGGUACGCCGGGUACGGCACGCGCUGAGGCAGAGCGCAGGAGAGCCAUUGCCCUUAAAGCUCUUGACCAGAGACUCAGUGCUGCUGCGACGCGGGCACCUGGACCUGCUCCUGCGCCGUCUGGCCCGCCUGUUCAAACGCAGCCUCAGCCUAAUACACAUACGGCCAUGGCAUCGCAACCGGGUGCUGUGUUGGGGGAGACGAAGUUUGAACCGGAUCAUGAUGAUGGACCUGGUAAGAACUAG